GGCUCCGCUCUGCGCCCCGCAGCUCCGUCACCGGGGGCUCUGGCCUUCUGCGGCCCCUCCGGGUGGUCCCGGCCCGCUCCCUUCCCGGGAGCCGCGCCUCCCGCUGGCCCGGGCUCGGCGGCCUCGGAGAGUAAGGAAAUCCUCGUCACAGCGUCCCGUUCUCCCUCCCUCCCGCAGCCACCCAUCGUCCCGGAGCCCUCCGGCGCCGCUGCCCAGGAUGAGCCGCCUGCGCCGCCCCGAGCCGCGGCGACCCCGACCGGAGCGGCGGCCGCGCUGGAGGCGAUCGCACCAGCUUUGAAGUGCGCAGGCCCGCUGCUGCCAUGGGAGACUCCGCGGCAGCCCCAGCCCGUGGGACAGGCUCAGAGCCAGCGCCCGGCUCAGCGCCCCAAGGGAAUGGUGGGACAUCCCUCAGUGUCAUCACGGAAGGCGUCGCGGAGCUGGCGGUCAUUGACCCUGAGGUGGCCAAGAAAGCCUGUGAAGAGGUCCUGGAGAAGGUGAAGCUGAUGCAUGGCGUCUCCUCUGACAGCGGAACGAAGCCGGCCGAUAGCAGCGAGGCAAAGCGCACCCCAUGGACCGCAGCGGAUUUGGCCAACGGAGACAUCGGGGAGGGCUGUGAAAUCAAGUGCUUGGACGAUCCGCCUGGCACAGCCUCCAAGAUCCAGGAGGAGGAUGAGACCGCAGCCAACACAGUGAAAACCGCCCGCAAGCGGCAGAAGAACAACUCUGCCAAGCAGUCCUGGCUCCUCCGGCUCUUUGAAUCCAAGCUCUUUGAUAUCUCCAUGGCCAUUUCAUACCUGUACAAUUCAAAGGAGCCUGGCGUGCAGGCUUACAUUGGGAACAGGUUGUUCUACUUUAGAAAUGAAGACGUGGACUUCUACCUGCCACAGCUGCUGAACAUGUACAUUCACAUGGACGAGGACGUGGGCGACGCAAUCAAGCCCUACAUCGUGCAUCGCUGCCGGCAGAGCAUCAACUUCUCGCUGCAGUGCGCCCUGCUGCUGGGCGCCUACUCCUCGGACAUGCACAUCUCCACCCAGCGACACUCCCGUGGGACCAAGCUGCGGAAACUCAUCCUCUCGGACGAGUUGAAACCAGCUCACAAGAAGAGGGAGCUGCCGUCGCUGAGCCCGGCGCCCGACAUGGGGCUCUCUCCUUCCAAACGAACUCACCAGAGGUCCAAGUCGGAUGCCACUGUCACCAUCAGCCUGAGCAGCAAUCUGAAGCGCACAGCCAGCAAUCCCAAAGUCGAGAGCGAGGAAGAGGAGCUCUCCUCCAGUACGGAAAGUCUCGAUAAGUCAUUCUCUCCCCCUGUCAGACUCGCCCCCGAGAGGGAGUUCAUCAAAUCCCUGAUCGCCAUCGGGAAGCGCCUGGCCACCCUGCCGACCAAAGAGCAGAAGACCCAGCGGCUCAUCUCAGAGCUGUCGCUGCUGAACCACAAGCUGCCGGCGCGCGCCUGGCUCCCAACGGCCGGCUUCGACCAUCAUGUGGUGCGGGUGCCCCACACCCAGGCAGUUGUCCUCAACUCCAAGGACAAGGCUCCCUAUUUAAUCUACGUUGAAGUGCUUGAAUGUGACAAUUUUGACACAGCGAAUGUGCCCGCUCGGAUCCCUGAGAACCGCAUCCGGAGCACGCGCUCGGCCGAGAACCUCCCCGAGUGCGGAAUCACACACGAGCAGAGGACCAGCAGCUUCACCACCGUCCCCAACUACGACAACGAUGAUGAGGCUUGGUCUGUGGAUGACAUCGUGGAGCUGCAGGUGGAGCUGCCAGAGAUCCACACCAACAGCUGUGACAACAUCUCCCAGUUCUCCGUGGACAGCAUCACCAGCCAGGAGAGCCGGGAGCCCGUGUUCAUCGCUGCUGGAGACAUCAGGCGACGGCUCUCAGAGCAGCUGGCGCACACCCCCACGUCCUUCCGGAGGGACCCUGAGGAUCCGUCCGCUGUCGCCCUUAAGGAGCCCUGGCAGGAGAAAGUCAGGAGGAUUCGGGAAGGGUCUCCCUACGGCCACCUGCCCUCCUGGCGCCUCCUCUCCGUCAUCGUCAAGUGCGGGGACGACCUCAGGCAGGAGCUGCUUGCCUUCCAGGUCCUUAAGCAGCUGCAGUCCAUCUGGGAACAGGAACGUGUCCCGCUCUGGAUCAAGCCAUACAAAAUCCUCGUCAUCUCUGCUGACAGCGGCAUGAUUGAGCCAGUUGUGAAUGCUGUGUCCAUCCACCAAAUCAAGAAGCAAUCCCUGCUUUCGCUGCUAGAUUAUUUCUUGCAGGAACAUGGCAAUUACAACACAGAAUCCUUCCUGACGGCCCAGCGGAACUUCGUGCAGAGCUGUGCCGGUUACUGCCUGGUAUGCUACCUCCUGCAGGUCAAGGACAGGCACAACGGGAACAUCUUGCUGGAUGCGGACGGACACAUAAUCCACAUCGAUUUCGGGUUCAUCCUCUCCAGCUCCCCUCGGAAUCUUGGCUUUGAGACAUCAGCCUUCAAGCUCACCACAGAAUUUGUGGAUGUGAUGGGCGGCCUGGACGGGGACAUGUUCAACUACUACAAGAUGCUGAUGCUGCAGGGGCUCAUCGCUGCCCGGAAGCACAUGGAUAAAGUCGUGCAGAUCGUGGAGAUCAUGCAGCAAGGGUCGCAGCUUCCCUGUUUCCACGGCUCCUCCACCAUCCGCAACCUGAAGGAGCGGUUCCACAUGAACAUGACGGAGGAGCAGCUCCAGCUGCUCAUCGAGCAGAUGGUGGAUGGCAGCAUGCGCUCCAUCACCACCAAGCUCUACGAUGGGUUCCAGUACCUCACCAACGGCAUCAUGUGAUGGACACCAGCCUCCCUCUCCCGGAACCGCUCCGCACCCGCCACCACGCCCGGUCCAGGCCAGAGCUUCGCCCCCUGGAGAAGAGGGCUCGGUCCUCAUUGGUAACAAAGGCCUCAGCAUCUACCCGGGGUGGCCAAGACUCCUCAACAAAAUGAAUUAAGGGAAACCCAAGCAGUGGAAGCAGGAAAAACCCAUUGUGGAAGUCAAAGCGGAGCGGAUCAUGGUUCGGAUCAUGCGGUAACCAUUACUGUCCGGCGCACGGGGUACGGCGGCAGCAGGGUGAAAGCCAGUGAGGGUCCUCCCCCCGUCAGCAUUCCGCCCGUUGGUGUCUGUGAACACUCCCACAAUCCAUGAAAUGUUCAGGGUCUGGGGACCGGGCCUGGUCUCCCCGCAGCGUCUGCCGUGACCUGGGCCUCCUGGCAGCACAACGUGAAGGCUGCGGAGGCGAAUCCCCGACAGCCCCUUCCCUGCAUGUUCGCGGCCUCGCCCAACUCCAAUUCUUCCUUUGGUUCUCCCACUCCUUUUCCCUCCCCACUCCCACCUUUCCGUGAGCGCUGCAAUCCCCCCCCGUCCCCGACGCGGGUCCUGCUCUGACACCCACAGCACCCAUGGACUGCGGUCAGGCUGAGUUCCUCGUUCCAUGCCCACCUGUGGGCCGCUGCCACCUCCUGCACCUUUUGGCUUGACUCCGUUCCAGGGAUUCGGGACUCAGACGCCUCCUCUCCCUUUUGCAGCAAUUCCUGGCUGUUUCCUUCCCUCGGCUGUGGGGGCUGAAGGGCUCCCUGGGGUGGAUUUGACCGGGAGAGGCUCCAGGAAUGGGGGGGCAGGAAGGGGCCUGGUGCCUCCCCGAGUCCCCCUGCUGGACCCCAGCUCUCUUGGCCGCUCCUGGGGCAGGUGGGGGUGACCCUGGCAGGGGGGGGACAGCUGUGACCCCCGCAGCUGUCGUUCUUCAGCCCCUUCCUCUGCUUUAAGCGCAGUGAACCCACCCUGCAGCCCCAUCCCCUCAGUCUCAGCCCGUCCUGCAGGUCAGACAUGGUGGCACCUGCCAGUGCAGCCCUGUCCCUUGUCCCCCCUCUUGUGUCUCCCACCCUCAUCCCCUCCUUGUCCCCUCCCAUCCUCCCCAUUCCCACCAGCCACCCUUUGUCCCCUCCAAUCUGGUCUCCCACUUGUCCCCCCCAGCCCUGUUCCCUCCCCUUGUCCCCUCGUUUCUUUGCUCCCCUCAUUUCCCCCCCUCUCCGUGGUUGCAGCCCCCACGCUCCCUGCUCAGAAUUCUUUGUUCUGGUGAUUAUUUAGCAUUAAAACACAGAAUUUCUGUUUUAAAAGCUGCCGCCACCGGUGGCCAGGACCCUCGGAGUAAGGGAGGGGGGAAUAAUCAUGGGGGGGGGCCAUGCCAGGGGCACCCUAAAACCGUGGGCGCAGGCAAUCACCGCCCUGGCCGGUCCCCCCCCAGCUCUGCAGCCCUGGGAGCUCCCGGGAAGCAGGGAUGGAAGCAGGGGGCACCGAGCCCCUUCCGCACCCCCCAACCUUCAGGGCAGGAGCGGCGCCGGAGUGGGGGGCCGUGGAAGCAAAACAGGGCACAGCAGGGGUUAAACCACUAAAAGUUUAAUGAAUUGCGUUAUUACUACAAGAAUAAAGGAUACCUGAGAGCC